GAGAAACAGUCAGAGAGCCAGAUCCUACCACAGCACGAGCAGCACCGCGGACACCUCUCCCGACAGCUCAACUUCUACCAAACUCUGCGAUUCUGCGGAGAAACAACGGCAUUAGCCACAUCAACAACACGUAUUUGCUCCAUUUUUGAUUAGAGAAGCUUCCAGAGCUUACGAGGACUUGUCGCGACAACUUAGGCGUAGAAAACUUACCCACGAUCAUUCAAACCGUUAAGCUCUCCUGUUAGGUUAGCUGCGGAGGAGAAAGUUAGCUUAUUUUUUAACGUUUUUGUCGUGGUCGCUUCGUCUUGAUACAUGUUGUAGCCUUUUUAUAGAGACAAAUCAGCGACUUUAGAGUUGCUGAACACUCCAAACCGAAAAAACGGCUUCAACACUAAGGUAGCAGAGGAGGAGACCCUAAAGUCCAAGAACAUGGAGUCGACAAAAGCCGGUGUAAUUGCGUACAUCAGCUCAUCCAGCUCGGCGUCCAGCCCCGAGUCCUGCCACAGCGACUCCUCCAACGGCAGCUACCAGUCGUCCUCACCCCCCCACGGCUCCUCCCCCCGACGAGGCCCCGGGACCCUGCCUCCUCUGAAGGGACGUGGGCCAUCCACUGCCAAGUGUGGCAUCACCAAAUUGAACGGGUUGGUGCUGCCGUGUAAAGUGUGCGGAGAUGUGGCAUCGGGUUUCCACUACGGCGUGCACGCAUGCGAGGGAUGCAAGGGUUUUUUCCGGCGGAGCAUCCAGCAGAACAUCCAGUACAAGAAGUGCCUGUUGAACGACAACUGUCCCAUCAUGAGGAUCAGCCGCAACCGCUGCCAGCAGUGCCGCUUCAAGAAGUGCCUGCUGGUGGGCAUGUCCCGGGACGCGGUGCGUUUUGGGCGCAUCCCGAAGCGAGAGAAGCAGCGCAUGCUCCUGGAGAUGCAGAGUGCCAUGAACAACAUGAUGAACAGCGAAUUGCAGAGCCCUGCCCUCAACAUUCCCAAAGCUCAGCCCGCCAACAUGGACGCUACCUCGUCUCCCUCCUCCUCGCCCCGCUCCAGCCAAUCGGACUCCAGCUCAGACCCGGAGCCCAGCGUUUCCAUGGACACCAGCUCCGGCUCCCCCAGUGCGUCGGACAGUGGAGAGGAAGAAGUGAUUGGAUCAGUGACUCGCGCCCACCAGGAGACCUUCAUGUAUAACCAGGAGGCCACAACCACUGACACUAGUGUGACCAAUCACAGCUCAGAGCAGCGCCAGAACGACUGGAACCACCGCAACAACCUGGUCACCAUGGAAACCCAGCCAAACCAGGACGCCAGUGCCUGUCCCUUCAAAGUGCCCCAGAGCAGCUCGGGCUCCUGCCCAGCCCCCUGCCCGGCCCCUGAGGGCCCCGCACACAGGGCGUACGGCCGCCCUGUGUGGAGGGGGGGCACCCGGAUGCACUUGGUGUGUCCCAUGAACCUGUCCCCUCACGUGGACCCAGACAAGUCAGGCCCGUUGGUGUGGGAGGAGUUCUCUCACAGCUUCACCCCUGCAGUAAGGGAGGUGGUGGAGUUUGCCAAGAAGAUCCCCGGCUUCAGAGAGCUGUCCCAGCACGACCAGGUCAGCCUGCUCAAGGCUGGCACCUUCGAGGUGCUGGUGGUGCGCUUCGCUUCCCUGUUCGAUGUGAGGGAGCGCACGGUCACCUUCCUGGGGGGUAAGAAGUACAGCAUGGACUGCCUGAGGGCCAUGGGGGCCGGAGACCUGCUCAACUCCAUGUUUGACUUCAGCGAGAAGCUCAUGAACCUGGGCCUGAGUGACGAGGAGAUGAGCCUCUUCACUGCUGUGGUCCUGGUCUCAGCGGAUCGUUCUGGCAUAGAGAACGUGAACUCUGUGGAGGCUCUACAGGAGACACUGAUCCGUGCGCUCCGCAGCAUCAUCACCAAGAACCACCCCAACGAGGCGUCCAUCUUUACCAAACUUCUGCUCAAACUGCCCGACCUGCGCUCGCUCAACAACAUGCACUCAGAGCAGCUGUUAGCAUUCAAGGUCCAUUCCUGAGUCCCCCCAAGUACCUCCCUCCUCCUCCCUCCCUCCAGAGACUAAAGGACCAGAGCCGGACCAGGGAGGGACCAUCUUAAGUAGGAGAUCCUGGUCUCUAAAACUCGGACGCGAAAUGGGGGAAUAAACUGAAAAUCCAAUCGUACUGUAGGGAGAAUGAUGUGUACAGACGAGACGCAGUGCUAGACGUGUAUGUGUCUGUGUUUGUGUGUGGAGCAGAAGCCAUGUUUCCAGCCAGAGGUACAGGGAAGUGCUAAUAUGCUAAUGCUAACAUGCCAAUACUAAUGUCAGGUACCAAGGAAAUGGAAAUGAUCGACUACCCUUGGAUUUGGAUACUAAAAAAUUUAACUUUUGUUCUGUUUGGAUAAAAAACAUGAAAUAUGAAUAUUAAAACAAAUAGUAAACUGGCUAAUAUUAGAACUUAAGUGUAACCUUCGUGUAAAUAUUGAUAGAAUGUAAAAUCUAACACAAAAUAUAAUAACAUUUCAUAGUUAAGCCUCUUCAGUUGUCUGAAGGAGCAGCCAUUAUUUAUGAAUACAUUUUUGAAACACAGCGCCCACUACCUUUGGAUGGAAGACAUGGCUCCUCUGUUUUGAAACUGUACAAACAAUGGAAGCACUUUCCUUUAUAGUGUAGCCUGGUGUCUUUGCCUUCAUAGUGCAAUAUGUGACUGCUUGAAAACUGUAAGGAUGAAUCAUCAAAUCCAACCUUCACAAUUAUCUUUUUUCUUUGGACACUGGCUAAACAAUAGGGGAGUCUUCUUUACCGAAAAUGUAGAAAACUAUUUGGGUAUUGUGGCAACGCUAAGAAAAUAUUCUGAUUUGAAUUUCCAUGUCGCAGUUGUGUUGUAUGUUUAUUUCCUGUUUACCUUUUUAAGUUAUUUGGGCAUUGCGACAAAUAAAAAUGGCCGCUUUUCCACUUGUGGACCAGUGGAGAUGAUGCUGAAAUCUUAAUGAUUUUGUUUUGAAAAUUUGAGUACAUGUGUAUUUUUUUUUUUUUUUUUUUUUUUUUUUUACUGUAAAUUCUGAUUUUGUUUGUCCUGAGGGGAAUACAGUCUGGAGUGUCCAUUUGGGCUCUUUAACAUCACAACAGAAGUGAUCGCAGGCUCCAGCUACACCCGAUUUGCUUGAAAACAUUUUGUACAGAAUGUAUAGUAUAGAGUUACGAAUAGAUGCGUUAUACGACUAAACAAACUAUGAUUGUACUUUCACUGAUUGUAGUUGAACUAAGCUACAGUGUGAGUGAGUUGCCGCCGGUGCAUUUGUCGCGUUGACGUUUGAAUUUUGGGACUCUUCUGUAGAAUGUGUGGAUAUCCAAAGCUUCUGACGUCGUGCUCAUGUGUUUCUGUUCUCCUCUGUCAAAGGAUUGCAGUAUGCAUAGAUUUCUAUAUGAAGAGACGUGCUAUCAAGACAGUACUGUAUAGAUAAAUAUAUCGACAAAUAAAUUUUAUAAAUGCA